UCUUGUUAUCCUCCAGCUUUGGUAAAGCUCCCACAUUUUUCCCAAGUAUUUUUCCUGAGGAGCAGAGAGGCUGAGCCUGUGCCGGCAUGGCAGAAAAGGUGAACAACUUCCCUCCCCUGCCCAAAUUCAUCCCCCUGAAGCCAUGUUUCUACCAGGACUUCGAUGCGGAGAUCCCGCCGCAGCACCGGACCAUGGCCAAGCGGCUUUACUACCUCUGGAUGUUGAACAGCAUCACCUUGGCGGUGAAUCUCGUGGGCUGCCUCGCGUGGCUCAUUGGAGGCGGCGGAGCUGUAAAUUUUGGACUGGCAAUUCUCUGGCUCAUUCUCUUUACGCCCUGCUCCUAUGUCUGCUGGUUUAGACCUAUUUACAAAGCUUUCAAGACAGACAGUUCCUUCAGCUUCAUGGCCUUCUUCUUCACCUUCAUGGCCCAGCUGGUGAUCAGCAUUAUCCAGGCAGUGGGGAUCCCUGGAUGGGGGGUCUGUGGCUGGAUUGCAGCAAUUUCCUUCUUUGGGACCAACGUGGGCUCGGCUGUCGUGAUGCUCAUCCCCACUGUGCUCUUCACAGCUAUGGCAGUCUUCUCCUUCAUUGCUCUCACCAUGGUACACAAGUUUUACCGGGGCAGCGGCGGGAGCUUCAGCAAAGCGCAGGAGGAGUGGACCACGGGGGCCUGGAAGAACCCCCACGUGCAGCAGGCGGCCCAGAAUGCGGCCAUGGGGGCGGCGCAGGGUGCCAUGAUGCAGCACGAGACGCAGUACUCGGCCACCCCCAACUACACCUACUCCAACGAGAUGUGAGCAGCAGCGGGACUGUCCUCGGGAGGAAGAGCUGGGGGGGAAAAAGGGAGGAGAAAGCCUGAGCCGAGUUUCUGCAGCUGUCUCAGAAAGUCAGAGUGUACCAUAAUGGUGGUUCUUUUCCCAUCUUUGUAACGAGAUCCUUUGGGAUUUUUUCUUUCCUUUUUUUUCCUGUUUUUUUUGUCUUGAGCUCUUCUUUUCUCCUUUCUUUUUCAUUCUGAGGAGGCCGUGAGUUGACCUGCAGGGCUGUUGUUGUGCGUGGUAGUCAGUGUCCAUUCAUGUGUCUUCUUUUUCCCUGUGGAAUAGUGUACGGUGGUGGUUUUUUAAUUACUGUGGUGAUAGGUGUACGUUAGAACCUCAUCAGCCAAAAGCCCCCCCAAGCUCCCAAAAAGGGAAAAAGAGCAACCAGCACCCAUCUUCCCUCUUGGAAUAAGCCCUGAACAGGUUUUUGAUGUGUGUGAGUUUUCUCUUUCAGUUGGUAGUGUCCAGCCACUUGCCACUGUCUCAGCAAGGGCAAGCAAUCUUGGGAAUUCUUUUUUCUUUUGCUUUUUAACUAGCAGGUGGCUGGCUGAUUUAGCAUUAAAGGAAAAAAAAAAAAAAGGGAAAAAAAAAAAAGAUAAGAAACCCUCAAUCCUGCUGUUGAUAUGCUGGAAGCCAAGAGAUUCCUAAUCUACUCCCUGGCUCAGGAUCUACAACUUCUCUCAGUGUGUGGUGUUGUGAGUAGUUUACACUUUGACGUGGAGGACCAGUGUGUGUGCGUGCGCGUGUGUGUGCAUUGGGGAGCAAGGACAGGUUUUCCCUGCGGGAUACAACCAUCCCAUUCCAGAUUCUGCAUCCUGAGUCUGGUUUUUUUAAAGGCUUCUGUUUUGAAAAGCAGCUGUAAUACCAACAAGAGUGUUCCUCAGAGGACCUACGCUUGGGCAAGGCUGCGGGUCAAAUCUUGCCACUCCGUAUCCCAGCACAUCCAAACAGUCUCGCUGCUCAUGGAAACAGCCAGGCCAAGUUUUGUCCCCGUUAGCUUUGGAGGUUUGUGCUAAUUUAAGUCUCUUAAGGAAACCUCCAGGCUGGAGGUAAGGACUGCUCACUUGCGCUCCUAAAAAGCGUGGCGGGAUGUGGCCGUGUGUUUUCCUGGUGCAGAAAUCCCUGUCAGGCCCAAAUCCCUGCCCAGUUUGGGGAUGCUGGACAUUAAAUAAUGAUCCUGCACUCUAGCAGGAGGCAGCUGAGCUCAAACCAAUACUUCUUGGGGAAGGUGACUGGCACACUCUGGAAAAGAUUAUGAGUGGGAGCAUAAAUGGGAUGGAUGCUGCAGGGCAGGAGUAGGGAAAGCUACUUCUCCGAGAUGCUUUUCAACUCUAAAUGCACUUUAAAUAAGCCAAAUUUUUCUCCAAGUCCUCGAAAAGCAGCCCAAACAGAAUCCAAUCCAGCCCCUUGGCUCCAGUAUCUCCUGCCUGGCACAGGGAAGGAGCUCAGAGUGCCACCAGCCAGGACUGUGCGAGUCCCCAGCCCCUUAUCUCACCCUUCCAGCCCUCCAGUGAUGCUUGGAUGUGACCCCUGCCCCUGAGAAUCACCCCAAAAAGGAUCUUCUCCAGCAAAGCACACCAAGACUAGUUUCCUUUUUAAGGGUAUCACUUCAGUCAUUCUGCAAUAGGCAGUCGUCUCUUGACCAGACUAAAAUGCAGCUACUGAUAAAAUGCCUGUCUGUGUGUGUGUGUGUAUAUAUUUAUGUAUAAAAUGUCAGGAGAAAAGUAAUCCUUUGCUAAGCCUAUUAUGUACUUAAUCAGGUUUAAAUAUUGUGCAAUCCAUUUCUAGCUCGCCUAAAACUUACUCUGCCAAACCACGUGCUCUGUCAUCCGUGUCUGAGAAAUGAUGGAUUAAGUGACUUCACCUCUUGCAUUGACAAUAAGAUACAUCAAUAAUAAUAAUAACUGUAAUGAGCUGUAACUAACAGGCAUUGCUUCAGCACCUAA